AUGUUCUCGAAUCUACUAUUUUGGUUGAUCAAUAUUGUCACAUUAAUCCUCCUAACUAGUCCAUUGUUUUUGCUUUUACCUUAUCUUCUCGUAUUAUUCGUUAUAUUUGUUAUUCCUCUAUUAAUUUUCUUUCUCUAUUGUUAUUUUUCUUUGCAACGAUCUCAAAGUUCAAUUCAAGCGUUUGAAAAUAUCGUCAUUGCUCACCGUGGCGGUCAUCCCUUAGUUUUAUCAAAUGAACUUGAUGAUUUUCCUGAAAAUACCAUCGCUGCAUAUCGAUGGGCAUCGAAGAUGAAAGGUGCCGAUGGAAUCGAAUUAGAUGUUUGGUUAAGUCGCGAUCACAUUCCAAUGGUUAGUCAUGAUGGUUAUUUGGAACAUACAUUUGCUAAUUGUCGUGAAUUUAUCUCAUCGUUAACAUGUGAACAAUUGAAACAAUUCAAAUAUUGGAAAAAGAAUAAACGAGAUAUCUAUGAUCAAAUUGGUUGUGAAACAAUCCCAACUCUAGAAGAGGUUAUCAUCUUUUUGGAAUCAACGAAACUUAAAUUAAUGAUUGAAAUUAAAGAAACACGCAAAAUUCCGGAAAUAUCAAAGAUUAUCAACGAUCUCUACGUUCGAUAUCCAUUUUUAUAUGAACGUGCUUACUGUGCUGCUUUCCAUCCAUACAAUCUCUAUUCAAUUCGCCGUCUCAAUCCACGCAUAACAACAGCAUUUCUGUUUGUGCCAGAUAUAACUAAAUAUUUAAUUCGAAAUGCAAGUCAAACUCCUCAUCCGUUUCCGAAAUUUUUCAUUGACAAUGUUCUACUUCGAUGGAUCAUCGAUUCAAUAAUGAUGUGGUUCGGCACACCGGCUGGUUUAAAAUUUCUCGGAGCAGAUCUAGCUUGUGUUGAACAACGACAAGUAUCACAAAACUUCUUGGAUGAAUACAAAAAUCAACGUUUCAUUGUUUGUGCGUGGUGUGUCAAUGAACGUGAACAAUACCAAUGGUUAAGAGCAAAUGGUGUGUCAAUCAUUACUGAUACGCUUUUCGACGUCAAUGAAGCGCGAUUACUGAAUAGUCGUCCAUUACCACGUCGACCUCAUUUACCAAAAAACUAUGAUGAAUUAUUAAUUGAUCGAAUAUUGAAUGUUUACGAAAAAUCUCGAGAGGAUUUUCGUGUUUCAUUUGCGGGAUUCUUCGAAGGAAUAGACAACAAUUCGUAUGAUUUAAUUUAUAAGGAUAAUAUUUUACAAUUUAUUGCAAUGACAACUUACGGUGUGAAAUAUUGGAGUGAGAUGAACAAAAGGCAACAGCGACGUGUUAAACACUUAUAUAGAAGAUAUCUAAAAAUUUAUCCUGAACAACAGAUGAAAAUACAGUCCGGUUACAAUACACAAAUACGUUUAAGACAUCCAUUCAAAGAUGAACUGCAGUACACACACCAUUCAAUGAUAAAAUACAUAUUAUUUGCGUGUGCGAGAAGUAUAUUUAUCACAGUUAUAAAAUCAUUCGGUUUUGAAUGUCAAAUGGUUAAUGAUGUUCCUUUUUAUAUUAGAAAAUCAUUGAAAUCAACAAAUUUACCUCCGAUUCUAUUUCUUCAUGGUCUUAGUCUAGGAACAAAUAGUUAUAUUUUAUUUAUUCAUCGUUUGUCGUUACUCGAUCGUACUAUCAUUCUUCUGGAUAUUCCUCAUGCAAGUAUGCGUAUACAGACGGAAAUUCUUCCUUUGUCAAGUAUUCUUUCAUCAGUUGAAGAAUUAUUAAAUGCAUUUGAUGUUAAAAAAGUUAAUAUUAUCAGUCAUAGCUAUGGCUCAAUUGUUCAUUCGUGUAUUAUUAAACAAUUAUCACGUUUUGUUCAAGAUCAACCAGCGAUUUUGAUUGAUCCUGUUUGUUUUCUUCUAUUUGAUCCUCAUUAUUUAGAUAAUUUUAUCUAUCGUCAACCACGAACACCGAACCAGUUGCUAUUACACACGAUGUGCACAGAAGAUCUUUAUUCAAUUUAUCAUGUCGAACGUCAUUUAUGUUGGUACGAGUGUGUGCUAUGGACUAAAGAUAUUCAACAGCAUCGAGUUCGAAGUCAUGUGUACUUCUCAGAAAAAGAUGAUCUUAUACCAGUUUCAAUAGUGAAUGAAUACUUAAAAAAGUCGCACAUUGAUACAACAAUCUUUCGACAAUACAAACACGCCCAAUUUCUUAUAUCAGAACAAUAUCAAGAAGAUGUUUUGAAAACUCUAGAUCAAUUAGAAACGCAAUCGAUUACUGUUUAG